AUGCCAUUUAACUUACCUGGAAUCGACGCUGCUGACCUUCGUCAUUAUAUCAACCUCGGUCUGCCAACCGAGAACCCUGUCCCCGUCUUCCCCGCUAUCUCUACCUCCCAUCUCCCCGCUGCCGCUGCCUCUCCUCUUCCCGCUGCCGAUGCCCCUCUCCCCGCUCUCCCUCUCCCCGCUCUCCCUCUCCCAGCUGGUAGUAAUGCCCCGGCUGUAGUUGCUGCUCCUGUCGAAGAGCAACCGGUCCCUUCGUGGCCAGGCAACCCCAAGGUCAUAACUGGUGGCCACCAACCUCUGACUGUCUGGCCGAGUACCAGCAACAAAGACUCCUCCCUGAACUACGUGCAGGGCAAGUACGAACUUGUUCCUGGAGGGGACGAUGUUGUGGGUUCCCACGCUUGGCUGCUGAGGGGCCAUCCAGGAGCUCGUGAGGGGUCCACUGCCCGGUUUUUGGUUAGUUUGUUGGGGCGGAACGGCUGGACCAACAACCGGGUCAUUGUUGACGCAUAUACAAGAAUGUAUGAACCGUGCGUCAAAAGGUUUACCGGUGUGGUGGGAAGCGCCGAGUAUGUGGAUCAGUGGAAGAAGGCGGAGAGUCUUAUCCGCCAGACAAUGUCCAAGAUUCAAUACAAUGACUUGUUCAUCAAGAAGGAUGAUGCAAGCAUUGUUGGGGAUGAGGUGAAUGAGGGUGAGUGUCUCUGGCGUCUUAGACAGCCUGAGGACCCCCCUAAGCCAGACCCCAAGAAGGGCAAGAGGGGCCCUAGACCGCGUGGAGAUGGCGACGGGGAUGGUCCCGCUGGUGACCCAAAUUCCGCUCACAAAAAGCGCGAUGGUGGCCCAGAAGACCAACCCGCCGCCAAGAAGCGUAAGGGCGCCUUAACUGGCGGAUAA